AUGCAGCUCCACUUGGCUUCGUUCCACGACGACAAUGCAGUAUACCAGGCCUGCCGAGAUCUCUUCUCUUUCAACUCUUGGAUUGUGCGACGCCACGAGCGGCCUUACUGGGAAAUUUUCUCGCCAGAAGAAGUCGUCGUUCUGUCCCCCGACGCCGAAGAGGAGCUUCUCUCUGUCGAGGCGGACAAAGUCUACGUAGUUGGCGGUCUCGUUGAUCGAACCAUCAGUCGAAGUGAGACGUUUCGGCAAGCAGAGCAGUUCCGCUUUGAAACGCGAAGGCUGCCUUUCCAGACUUUCCUCCCCGACCAGCAGCGCCUGGUCCUGAACGUGAACACUGUGGUGGAGAUUCUUCUUCACGUUCGACAAAACGGCGAUUGGAAAGCUGCGCUGCUGUCGGCGGUGCCGCAACGCCUUCAGGGGACAGGAGGAAGAAAGAAGGCCCGUCUCGAUAGAAAACGCGAACGCCGAGAGGAGAUUUUCACUCAAAAUCCAGAAUUGCGAGGCGAGGCGGAAUCUCGGCAGGCGCGCGAACGUCAGUGGUGCCGCGGGAAGGGACGAUCCGCCACUUUCGACGACGAGAAUCCGUUCGAUAAUCCUGAGAGUCUCGCAGCCCUCGCCGUCUUCAACGAAGAAGCCAGCUCUCCGACCUGCAGUUCGCCACUUGGAUCGUCCCUCGAAGACGCGCCCCCGAGCGCCGCAGAAGACAGCGAAAAAAAGAGAGAAGCCGCCGACGGAUCGAGAGAACGAACAGGAAAAGAAGUGCCAGAAACCGUGGAGACUACGCCUUCCGUCAAUCCUUUGCUGGAAAGCUAG